AGCGCCGGCCGAGGAGCAUCUGCGGCUCGGGCUGCGCCAGCUGUCUAGCCGUCAGUGCUGCCGGGGACGCAGACAGAGCAGGCUGUCGGAAUCUGCACGACUGACGGAAAAUGGCUGCUAACGCGGGAUCCAUGCGUAUCCUCAUCAAGGGAGGGAAGGUGGUCAACGAUGACUUCACCCAGGAGGCCGACGUCUACAUCGAGAACGGCAUCAUACAGCAGGUUGGAAAGGAGCUGAUGAUCCCAGGUGGGGCUAAGGUGAUCGAUGCUUCUGGGAAGCUGGUGAUUCCAGGUGGAAUCGACACCAGUGUCCACAUGCAGGACACAUUUAUGAACGCCAACAUCCAGGAUGACUUCUACAGCGGGACCAAGGCUGCUCUGAUGGGUGGCACCACCAUGGUGAUGGCUCUGGCCCUGCCGGAGCAGCACUGCUCCCUGGUGGACGCCUACGAGAAGUGCCGGGCUCUGGCCGACGCCAAGGCGUGCUGCGACUACGCUCUGCAUGUCGGGGUGACCUGGUGGGGACCAAAGGUACACAAUGAGAUGGAGACCCUGGUGAGGGAGCACGGUGUCAACUCCUUCCAGAUGUUCAUGGCCUACAAAGAUAUGAUGAUGCUGCGGGAUUCAGAGCUGUAUCAGACCCUGCAGACCUGCAAGGACAUCGGAGCCAUCGCACGUGUCCACGCUGAGAACGGAGAGCUGGUGGCUGAGGGUGCCAAAGAGGCUCUGGAUCUGGGCAUCAGUGGGCCUGAAGGAAUAGAGAUCAGUCGACCAGAAGAACUUGAGUCGGAAGCUACUCACAGGGCCAUCACCAUCGCAAACAGGGCCCACUGCCCCAUCUACCUUGUGAAUGUGUCCAGUAUGUCUGCUGGAGACAUGGUCGCUGCUGCUAAGAUGCAAGGUAAGGUGGUCCAUGCUGAGACCAGUGUGGCCCACGCAGUGCUCACUGGGAUGCAAUAUUACCACCAGGACUGGGCUCAUGCUGCUGCCCACGUGGUCGUCCCUCCUCUCCGCCUGGACCCAAACACACCCAGCUACCUUAUGGGCCUGCUGGGAAAUGAUACUCUGAGUGUUGUGGCGUCAGAGCACCGCCCGUUUAGCACCAAGCAGAGAGCUCUGGGCAAAGAGGACUUCACCAAGAUUCCUCAUGGAGUGGCUGGAGUCCAGGACAGGAUGAGUGUCAUGUGGGAGAGGGGAGUGGUUACAGGAAAAAUGGAUGAGAACCGUUUUGUGUCUGUGACCAGCUCCAAUGCUGCAAAGAUCUUCAAUCUGUAUCCACGCAAAGGCCGCAUCAUCCCCGGAGCUGACGCUGAUGUGGUGGUCUGGGACCCCGAUGCAACAAGGACGAUUUCUGUGAGCACUCAGGUGCAGGGUGGGGACUUCAACCUGUACGAGGGGAUGCGCUGUCACGGUGUUCCCCUGGUCACCAUCAGCCGAGGACGUUUGGUGUGUGAGAACGGUGUGUUCAUGUGUGCUGAAGGGUCCGGGAAGUUCUACCCACAGCGCACUUUCCCAGACUUCCUCUAUAAGAAGAUGGUCCAGCGAGAGAAGACUCAGGGUUACAAAGGGGUUGACAGGGAUCCCUACUCCGGUGAUGUAGCCAAAGUCACCAACACGAUGAAGAAGGAGCUCGGUCUGGGCCCCAUCGAUGGGGAGUCCCCGACCAAAGCCUGCCCUCGGCAGCAGGGGAUCCGAGACCUGCACGAGUCCUCCUUCAGCCUCUCAGGGUCUCAAGUGGACGACCACAUCCCGAAGAGAUCCUCCGCCCGGAUCCUGGCCCCUCCCGGCGGCCGCUCCAGUGGCAUCUGGUAAUCACCGGCGCUGUAGCCCCAACCGUCCAGGCCUCUUUGUUUUGUAUGUUUCUGAGCAACCAGGAAAACUGCACUGAUUUUCAACCACAGGAUUAAAAGGGGGAAAAUAAAUUAAAUCAUAUGUUGCUGUGAUUGGUGAUGACCUGAGUCUGAUGAGUGGUUUGCCAAAGUGUCUUUUACAAAUCUAAUUUGUGGUUUAAUUGGAGUGGUGUCUUCAAUGACAUGAUGACAGUGAAGGGCUAUCUGUAAAUUUCAAAAUAAAUUCAAGAUAAUUUUGCUAACAUGAAUAAAAUGCGCUCAUCAUCACCCUGCUUACAUCUUGUGAAGAGAAACAAACUUAACCUGUGAAAAAUCAAAACCAGUCCAGUUUUUGCUGGUUUUAACUGAAGUGACAUCGACUUAAAAAAAAAAAAAUAACAGUAAAAUUGGAUUUAGUGACGUAUAUUUCAAACCUCUCGCACACCAACGUUCACUGUAGUCACCAUAGCUUUAGACUUAUAUGAAGAUGUGUGUGGAUUCGUUUUGUGAUUGAAACCGUCCACUCCGCCCGGCUUCCUGCUGCACCGCGGGUUUCUCUGACAGUGUUUUUGUUUCCGAUGGACCAACCGUGCCGUGUGGUGAUGAAAUCCGACUGCUCCCAACACUGUGCAAUCUUACAAUUCCACUCCGUAAACAGAGUCACACUAGAUCCCGCUCAUCCUCAUACUUUCACUGCCUUUGACGUCCACUAAGGAACACCCGGUCACCUUCACCUAAAGCACCACGGGAGAGUAGAGGUGUAGAAAUGUGCACCGCCUGGGUUGAUGUUGUCGUCAUUCCAGUGGCUUUAUCUUGCCGAGUAUACAAAACCAAGACAGUUCAAGAGCACACGCGGGAAUAUUACUGGAGGGGUAAGGAAACAUGGACGAAAAGUAUAAACUUGACAUGCAUUUAGUCCCACCUAUUAAGCCUUUCUCUCUGCUCAAACAGGCUUUUUGUAAAAUUAUACAAUUAAUAUCAGUGUUGACAGAUACAUCAGAUAAAUAAAGUUCGACACAAGCUGAAGGUUUCAGCAGGAACUUUAAACAGCCUGCUCCUCCAGACAAGACUCUUCAUUUUAGAGCAAAGAAGCUUCUAGUCUGAAUUUCAUGACACACAAACAUUGGAUUAUCUCAUGAAAAAGCUGCCUGACAGCAGUGGAACUCUUUCAUCUGGGAAUAAAUGUCCCUGAAACUACAUUUUUCUACAACUGGCAGCUCAUUCUCUGAUUAACUUAACACGAAAUGAACUGCCUGUACAUAUAUUUGACAAACAAACCCUUGGAUUACAGAUAGAGUAAACUGAAAACAACCAUGAGAAAGCAGGCGAAGCUUUUCAUUUGUAGGAAAGUGAAGUUGGAUUGUCGUUACAUCAGUGUGUCUCUGCUGAGCAGGAAGAUUGAGCUGCACAGGCUCAAGAAAAACCACUGAUCCUCGCGCCUCCCAGUGAUGUCUCAUUCCUGCCUACUAGUAUUGUAUUUAUAAAUGAUCACAUCUUUGUGUCCAGGCACUCUAUAUACCGAGGAUGUUGGUUUUUGUGUCUUUUUUGUUGAAAGAGUAAGUGUGCCAAUGGGAAUCAGUCUCGCUGCACUGUCAUCAAUGCAUGAAAAGCACCACAUGGAGAUGAGAAGAGAAGAAACGUCUCCCCUGAAAGCCACAGGCUCAUUAAAAACUGGUGCUGUACUUUUUUUUUUUUUAGGAUUAUUUACAAUAUUGUUAUUUUAUUGUUGGACAGUUUUUUCUUCUUUUAUUGAAGGCACUGUGACUGCUCAGUGGUUGUGUGUGUUUGUAGAUUAUUGUUGUGUCAGACGAUGAACCUGUUGAAUCUGUAAGUGGCUGCUUGUUUCUUACCACGCCAAUAACAUCAAAUAAAUAAACACAAGAAA